AUGGCGUCUUCUCAGGACGCUUGGUAUCUCUCGUUGCUCGGUUUGGCCGAGAAUUUCCGUACGUCGAACCCGCCCAACAUCAAAUCGUGCAUUCAGUGUUUACAAGCGGUUUUCCAUUUCAAGCCGCCGCAACGUGUCGAGGCGCGCACUCAUCUUCAGCUCGGCAACAUCCUGCUUACGCACACGAAAAAUAUCGAUUUGGCGCGAUACCAUCUAGAUCAAGCGUGGCGAUUAAGUCAGAAUAUAAAUACCUUCGACGAUGUGAAGUUUGAAGCAGCAAGCAUUGUCGCAGACCUGUACGAGCAACAACAGCAGCAGCUGCAGUCAAAUUUGAGUAAACCAAUUUUGAGGAAAGCAAUAGAACUGUCUCAGCACAAUGUUUACUGGCAUUGCAGGCUUAUUUUUCAACUUGCGCAAAUACAUGCUUCAGAGAAGGACUUUGUUGCAGCGAGUAGCUUACUUGCAGUGGGCGUUGAUUAUUCUCACAUAAGUAACGCCGGUUAUACCAGAGUUCUCUUUCUUUUAAGUCGGUGUAUGCUGCUGUUGAUAGAUAAGAAGUUCACUGAAGUUCAUCCUCUUCUAAAUUCAGCAAAUCAUCAUAUAGAAAAUUGGCAAGGCAACUCAUAUCAAAAGGAAUAUCUGAAGGUGUACUUUCUAGUUCUUCAAGUGUGUCAUUACCUUAUGGCUGGUCAGGUAAAGAGCGUGAAACCUUGUUUAAAAUCAUUGCAACAAAGUAUACAGACUAUAAUGUCACCUAGCUGGCCAACAGAUGAUAUGGUGGUCACAGGUUCUAAUAUCGGAGAUAUGUUUAUAUGGAUGCCGAAAGAUCAUCUAUACGUCUUGGUCUAUUUAGUAACCGUUAUGCAUUCUAUGCAGGCUGGAUACAUGGAUAAAGCACAGAAAUAUACAGAUAAAGCGCUUAGUCAAAUUGAAAAACUGAAAAUUAUCGAUAAUAAACCUAUCUUAUCCGUGUUUCAAUUAAUGCUCUUGGAGCAUAUAAUCAUGUGCCGACUUGUAAUGGGAAACAAGAGUGUAGCUCUUACGGAAAUUUCUCAAGCUUGCCAACUCUGCAGACGGCAGCCUAGGUUACUUCAAGGUCAUAGACCACAACUACAUGUAUUACUAGGUUUAUACGCAAUGUCUAUGAAUUGUAUGGAAGCUGCAGAGGCUCAGUUUACUGCUGCACUCAGAACGUCCCAAGAGAGAGAACUCUGGACAUUCGCAAAUUUGAACCUAGCGAUAGUAUACCUCAGGUCAAAGAAAGAAACCGAGCUAGGGGUAUUAUUAGAAAGGAUAAAUCCAGAAUCUCUACCAUCGCAUUCUCAUUCUUUGAGGGCAGCUGCAUAUUACGUACAAGGACUUCAAGCUUUCUUCGGUGCUAGAUACAAUGAAGCAAAACGAUAUCUCAGAGAAACCUUAAAAAUGGCAAAUUCGGAAGACUUGAACAGACUCACUUCCUGUAGUCUUGUGCUUUUGGGACAUAUAUUUCUUUCGUUAGGAAAUAGUAGAGAAUCAAUGAAUAUGGUCACACCUGCGAUGCAAUUAGCUUCUAAAAUACCUGAUGUACAUGUACAACUAUGGGCUACUGCCAUUUUAAAAGAUUUAUAUAGACUUUGUGGUGACCCUACUCACGAGGCAGAAGCAUAUCAAAUGCAUUGUACAUUCUCUCAAACCCUUUUGAAGGACCAUUUUCAGAGUACUCAAAUAAGUGAGCAUUCGCUCAUUCAUUGGAUAGACGGUCCGGUUCCUGCAUUGCCAACUAAUCCACCACCAUCUACAUCGCAAGCAAUUCUCUAAUGGUGUAAAAGAUAUUUAGGUGU